GGUAAGGUGACAUGUGACUUGACCAGCUAUGAUCCUUCUCCAGAUUUUCCUGUGAACAUUUAUUCUCAUCCUCAGCUGCAAGUUUUUAAGAUUUUUACCAACUACAUUACGAUCCCCCAUGAAUUGGGCAGAAUGGAAAACUUAGAACAUUUGGUAUUGUGUCGUUGUGAAAAUGAAAAUGAGGAAAGCCCUCCAUUUAUCAUUCCGAAAUCUUUAGGUAAUCUUAGCCAACUCAAGGUGUUGGAUUUGCGAAACAAUAAUUUGGGAACUUUUCCUGCGCAUUUAACCAGGUUGAUUAAUCUCGAGGAGCUGUGUAUCAGUAAUUGUCAACUUACUGGCCUUCCUGAGCUUUUUGCUUAUUUACAAAAUCUGGAAAUUCUUGAUAUAAGUUAUAAUUUAUUGAAACAUCUACCAUCAUGCAUUACAAGACUUUCAAAUCUACGUAAACUUUAUGUAAACGACAGUGAUCUACAGGAUAUCCCAGAAGAUAUCAAGAAAUUGAAAAAAUUAGAGCAAUUACAGCUUACAAAGAACAAACUUUCCACUCUUCCCAAUGGACUUUUUGAGUUGAUCAAUUUGAAGAAGUUAUAUUUGAACAGCAAUCUGUUGAUGGCUUUACAUGAGAAUUUAGGCAACCUUGUCAAUUUGAGGUACCUGGUUCUUAAUCAGAAUAAAUUAAAAAUUCUACCAAGAUCUAUUGGCCAGUUAAAGGAGUUGCAAUAUCUUAAUCUUCAUGAGAAUCUCUUGUCUUCUCUACCUCGAAACAUAAAACACCUUGGAGAAAUCAAGGCACUUUUAUGUGGCAAUAAUCCUUUACAAGUUCCACCAGUUGGUGUAUGUAAUCAAGGAAUACAAAGUAUCCGUAGUUAUUAUCACGCUAUGGAUAAAACUAAAGAUAUUCAUUCAAAACGACUAAAGGUACUUAUAUUGGGAGAGUCUAUGGCGGGAAAAACAAGUCUUGUAAAAAUGUUGAUGGUGGGUGAAUCGACGCAGAUAAAUGAAGAUGACAGAACAUUUGGUGUCGUGUUUUACAAUUGGAAACCUGAACCACAUAUGGACGAGUUGGAGUUGAUGGUUAUCGAUUGCGCAGGACAGAAAGCUUAUCAAAUGACUGAUCAGCUUUUUCUCUCCGAAGGAGCGUUAUUUAUCUUGGUGGUGAAUUUAUUUCGUUACGUUUUUGAAAAUUCUGCAAAUUAUCACGAAGAAGUUGCACAAUGGAUAUCUCUAGUUGCGUCACGUGUUCCUAAAGCUAAAAUCCUAUUGGUUCCUACACACGUUGACCUAUGUCGUAAUGAAGAAGAGAUCGAUCUGAAAUGUCGAAAUAUUGUGAAAAAUAUGAAGGAACAACGCAAGGAAAUGUUACGUGAAAUAAUAGAAAACGUUAAACGUAAACUGGAACAUUGUGUUUCUUCUGAUGAAGAGUCAAAAAUUAUGGAGCAACUUCUAGAGCAGAAAGAUAAACUGCCUGUUUUGUCUUUACAUUAUAAGGAAGAGCACGAGAACUUAGACGGCAAUUUAGCCAUGAAUGUCAUUGCCAUUAGCAACAAAUCGCUGGCAGGCACCUUAAGGUUACGACGUGAACUCGUGAGGAUCGCUAGGGAUAAAAAUCUGUUCCCAUAUGUUGACAUAACUCUUCCAGAAUCAUGGAUGAAGGUCGAGAAAGAGAUCAAAGCCCUUCGGAAGUCCCUUAAAGUGCCGUGUUUAUCUUUUUCCGAGCUUCACGAGUUGUUAAUCAUUCGGAAAAUUGAAGUUACAGAGUGUGAAUUGCGAUCCUGUGUUUCGUAUUUUGACACCAUUGGUGAGCUGCAGUAUUUUAAGGACAUCCAAGGUAUGCAAAAAAAUAUUGUUUUGAAUCCGUAUUGGCUUGGAUCCUUGCUCAAGAAAAUAUUUCGGCACGAUUUUAGUCUUAAGUACAACGAAAGCAUUAGAAUGAUUGGUAUUGUAAAGUUUAUGUUUGAUCACGACAAAAAUAAAUUGCUUUAAAAUGCUGUUAUGUCUGAGA